GUCGGCGUGUGUUGACGUUCUUAUCGUGGCACUGGCACGAAAACGGAAGAAUGCAAACAUCCGUGGGUGAAGAAAGGCCAUUUACAUGAAGAAGACCACAAUGAGCCCGGCUAAGCGGAGACAUGAUGAAAUUCAGGAGCUUCUGUCCAUAAAGCUGUGAACAACACGAUGUGAUUGCCGUAGCUUGCUUGCUUUUUGCAUAAUAUCCUGCCUCCUGUGUGCUCUACCUAAGCACCGCCUCUUAUCUACACCAGUAUUUCUCGUAGGUGUGAAUGCAUCUGCCAUGAACCAUCUUGGGUUGUGUGCCACGUGUGAAAGGGCAACUCCGGAAAAUGUCUGUAAGCGAUCCUCGGAUGUUCGGAGUUCAUGUGUGAAAGCGGUUCAACCCCAUGGAAUGAGCCAAAGAACCCCCCCACUCCCCCACCCGUGAAAUAGCUUGCUCCAGAGCUGUGGUUCCUUUGCCGGGGUCUCUCUGGUGAUGGCAAAGCAGCCUCCAAAUGGUCUGCGGCACUGUCCCUGUUCUGAGGCCCCUCCCGUCAGAGAGCUGGGGUUCUGCUCCCCUCGAUAUGUUUAUCUGCGCCUCUCACGGGCCUGGGUUUGGCUGGGCGGUGGUUGCUGCCGCUCGUCUCACUCCUCGAUGUCCCCGAUUUGUGCCUCUCUGUGAGAUGGUUGGAGUCUGCAUUCUGCUGUGAUGGGAGCGUUUUGUGCCUGUUUGGAUAAUGCUUGCGUGUGACAUUUUCUCAUGCUCCCUCAUUUCCCUGUCAUGCUGUUCCCGUCGAAUCUGAGGGGCUACCGGAGCGUGUAGUGACGUGUUUGUGUGGUGGCACUCAGUGAUGCCUGGUGACUCCCCACCCGUGCCAUGCCGCAGUGCCUCAGAGAGCAGCUGGCAAGUGUGCCCCCCCUCCCAGCCCACCGUGCAGGACGUGCUGAGCCCCUCCUCUGGCCCGGCCCCCCCAGAGCCCCCCUGGGCCGGCCUCCCGCAGGGCGACGCGCUCCGUCGUCUCCUGGUCCCCAGCACGUCCGUGACAGACCUCUGCUUCGCGGGUGCACCCCCGCCACCCCCCAAACGCCACUGCCGCUCGCUGUCGGUGCCCGAGGACCUAUCACGAUGCCGCUCUGCCUGGCGUCCCAGCGCCUCCAAGGUGUGGACGCCGGUGAAGCGGCGCUGCCACAGCGGGGGUGGCGGCAGCGGGUCAUGCCCCCUGCGUGUGCCCGGGGCCCCCCUGGUGCCCUCACUGCGUUCCUCGUCCAGUCCCACCUUCUUCAGCCUGGCACUGUCGCCGGACUCGCCACUGUCCUGGAGCUUCCCCUGGGACUCUGCCACCUGCUGCUGCUGCUCGCCGUCGCCGCUGAGCGUGCCGGCCCCCCCGCAGCGCCGCUUCUCCCUGUCCCCUGUGCACAUCCGGGAGGCGGCCGCACGCUUCCUGCCCCCACCCUACCCGCCCGCCGGGCCGCCCUACGCCGCCGCCGCACCCCCCUCGCCCUCCUCAGCCUGCAGUACACCCUCGUCCUCCCGACGUCCCCUGCCUGCCCGACUGCCUCGUUGCCACUCGCAGCCAUGCGACCUCCGCAAGCCUGGCCUCAAGCGCCGGCACGACCCCGACACGCUGCCCUGCGCGCGGCCUGGGCUCGACUUCAGCAAGAUGACGCAGACUCGGAGUGGAGACCCCCUAAGCUGUUUGGACCGGACCAUGUCUGGCUGCGGAGGGGUUGUCUGCAUAAAUCCAGAGCCUGUCUUGGGUGACUUCAGGGGGUCAUUUUCACCAGCAGACGGACUGGGCAGGACAAGCAUUGGGCCCCUCAGUGAAAGUGAGGAGGAGGAGGAGGAAGGUCAAAGGAAGAUUGAUAGCGAAGGAGGACAGCACAGUGUCUUUGAGAGAGACUGCACAGAACUCGAUUUGACCCUCAUAGAGGAGAAUUAAGAGUUAAGUGAUGGCAUCCAGUGCCCUCUGGGAGAGGCUCUCAGGAACACAGCUGCCCUCCCAGGGAACUCAGACUGGGCUCUAUAAUCACAAAACAGAUUAGGCUAAUAUAAUAUUAAUUAAUGCAGGUAGCCAUGGACACUGUCCUUCCAGCAAAAUACAUUCCAAAAUGUGAGGCCAGCUGCUGAAAGUCCCACUAAGCGCUAAUGAAGAGGAGGUCCAACAACAUCUGCCACUUCUCCCCGAGAGCGAGCCUGCUUUGGCCACUUGGCAAGAUGCUCUUCAGCAGAACAAUGGUUACCCUGGCAGACUGGCGCAGUUUUCAUCAGCCAACCCCUGGUUUUUCAGCUCCUUUCAUCCACCUCUUUUUCUUUAAUGAAUUGACAGCUUUGUUUUGGCAAAAACGCAGUACUACAAUGCACAUUUUCUGCUAUCCUACUACCUGAUGAAAUGAAUUUGAAUCAGCAUAAGCCUUAACACAAAAAAGCCAGAUUUCAAAGGAAAAUGUGUAGCUGUUAUGAAAGUUUAGUCAUUUUGCUCUCGUUUUACUUCUGUGGUGUUUAUUUCUGACGUCUACAAUUAAAAUUUUGACUCUGGAAAGGAUACAAAAAUGUUUGAAUACAGUGCUGUAAGCAAUGUUUAAACUGCAGUCAUUCUGUAGGGCACAAUGUAAUAUUGUACAGUGAUCGUUAGUUUAAAAAAAUAAGUUUGUGUAUAAAGAGACCAGUUUAGCUUGUGGGCAGUAACCUGUCAGAGAGGAUUUGUAUUGUAUGUUACAAGAAGGCAAUUUCCUCUUAUACAAUUUGUGUACAAAUAAAGUUUAUUAGAGAUUAAUUUUACAAGAAA